AUGCAUAUUACCAGAAUCCAGAACGAAUUCACCGAUGCUCUUGUAACAUUUUCAUCCUUGAUUCAACACCAUGACAAGAGCUACAUUGAACCUAUUGAGGUAGAGAUUCGGGGCCCAUAUGCAUAUUGCUUUCAUGUAGAUGAAGAAACAGAUAGUAUGCCACAGUUUCAUGGCAUCAAAAGGUUCAUUGAGAUAAGAAAAUACCCAGAGAGUGCUACUACUGGUCAGAAGAGGGCACUAAGGAUAUUGGCAAAUCAUUUUUUCCUUAACGGGAAAGUCCUAUACAGGAGGACCAUGGACUUUGGUUUAUCAAGAUGUGUAGAUAUUGCAGAAGCGACAAGAUUGUAG